AUGAUGGCGGCGGAUGUGGGGAAUGAAUGCCUGCUGGUGACGGUGGCGGCGGCCCCGAGCCCGGGUGGAGACGGCGACCCGGUUGCCUUCCAGCCGUCGCCGACAGAGGUGUCGGGCUUCGGCCAGCUGAACGCCGAGUCGACGUCGCCGGCUUCGGUCUCACUGCUGUCGGAUCCGGUGGCGGCCGCCGGUUCUGCUGCCCCUCUCGCCGCUGCUGCUGGUGCCCCCGCCGCCCUCCCCUUGCCCCCGGACGAAGUGGAUUCUUUCGAUGGCCACGAAUUUGAAGAGGAAGAGGUGGAGAUCCCGCUGAUGGCACCCCCGGCCAACCAGUGGUAUCAUGGAAAACUGGAUCGUACAAUUGCUGAAGAGCGCCUUAGUCAGGCAGGUCGACCAGGAAGUUACCUCAUCAGAGAAAGUGAUCGAAGACCAGGUUCAUUUGUGCUUUCGUUUCUAAGUAAAACAGGCGUGGUCAAUCAUUUCAGGAUCUUUGCAAUGUGUGGAGAUUAUUACAUCGGAGGACGACGGUUUUCUUCGCUUUCGGACCUGAUUGGUUACUAUAGUCAUGUGUCCUGCCUGUUGAAAGGGGAGAAGCUUUUGUUUCCAGUAGCACCUCCAGAGCCUGUUGAGGAUAGGAGAAGAGUUCGUGCUGUCCUGCCGUACACUAAAGUGCCAGAUACAGAUGAAAUUAGCUUUCUGAAGGGGGAUAUGUUUAUUGUUCAUAAUGAACUAGAUGAUGGAUGGAUGUGGGUGACUAAUUUGCGAACUGACGAGCAAGGCCUCAUUGUGGAAGAUUUGGUAGAGGAAGUGGACCGUGAAGAAGAUCCACAUGAAGGAAAAAUUUGGUUUCGUGGGAAGAUAUCAAAACAAGAGGCAUAUAAUCUACUAAUGACAGUGGGCAAAAUAAGUAGCUUUCUUGUAAGACCAUCAGAUAACACACCAGGCGAUUACUCUCUAUAUUUUCGGACAAAUGAAAACAUUCAACGAUUUAAAAUAUCUCCAACACCAAACAAUCAGUUUAUGAUGGGUGGCCGGUAUUACAACAGCAUAGAGGAAAUCAUUGAGCACUAUAGGAAAGAACAGAUUGUGGAAGGUUAUUAUCUUGAAGAUCCUGUCCCCCUGCUGAAUCAAGAACAAGUUGUUGAAGAUUCUGUUGAUGGUAGAGAAAUAUACAAUACAAUCCGGCGCAAGCCGAAGGAUGCACUUUAUAAGAAUAUAGUAAAGGAUGGCUACCUCUGGAAAAAGAGCAAAAGUAAACGAUGGAAAAACUUGUACUUCAUUUUGGAAGGGAAUGACUCCCAACUAAUCUACUUUGAAAGUGAAAAGAGAGCUACAAAGCCAAAAGGAUUAAUUGACCUCAGUGUUUGUACUGUGUAUGGAGUUCAUGACAGUCUGUUUGGCAGGCCAAACUGUUUUCAAAUAGUAGUGCAGCACUUUAGUGAAGACCAAUACAUCUUCUAUUUUGCAGCCGAAACUCCAGAACAAGCACAGGACUGGAUGAAAUGUCUGCAGGCAUUGUGCAAUAACUUAAAAAAACCUCUGGCACCAGCUUCUAAUAAACGUCUUCGACAGGUCAGCAGUCUGGUUUUGUAUGUGGAAGAAGCCCAUAAACUACCAGCCAAAUAUUUCACACACCCUUACUGUAACAUUUACUUAAACAGUAUUCAGGUGGCAAAAACUAAUGCCAGGGAAGGCCAGAAUCCUGUAUGGACUGAAGAAUUCAUCUUUGAUGACCUUUCAUCAGAUAUAAACGUAUUUGAGAUUAGUCUCAGUAACAGAACGAAGAAGAGCAAAGAUCCAGAUAUCUUAUUUAUGCGCUGCCAGUUGAGUAGGCUACAGAAAGGACAGAUGAUUGAUGAAUGGUUCCCUCUCAGUUCAUAUUUUCCACUAAAAGGAAUUGAGCCAGGAUCUUUACGUGUAAGAGCACGAUAUUCAUUGGAAAAGAUAAUGCCAGAAGAGGAAUACAGUGAGUUUAAAGAGCUUAUUCUCCAGAAAGAAUUUCAUGUGAUAUAUGCAUUGUCUCACGUCUGUGGCCAGGAUCGCACAUUACUGGCCACCAUUCUGCUACGGAUUUUUCGGCAUGAAAAGCUUGAAUCAAUGUUAUUACGGAUAUUAAAUGACAGGGAAAUCAGCAUGGAAGACGAAUCUACUACGCUUUUCCGUGCCACAACUUUGUCAAGCACACUUAUGGAACAAUACAUGAAAUCAACAGCAACACCGUUUAUCCACCAUGCUCUGAAAGAAACCAUUCUGAAGAUAAUGGAGAGUAAACAGUCAUGUGAGCUAAAUCCUUCUAAACUUGAAAAAAAUGAAGAUGUGAACACUAAUUUGACACACCUGUUAAGUCUCCUGUCUGAAUUGGUGGAAAAAAUUUUCAUGGCUGCAGAAGAACUGCCUCAGUCUUUAAGGUUUAUUUAUGGAUGUUUACAAAAAUCUGUCCAACAGAAAUGGCCACAAAAUCAUACCAUGAGAACCAGAGUUGUCAGUGGAUUUGUUUUCUUGCGGUUGAUUUGUCCGGCUAUUCUCAAUCCACGGAUGUUCAACAUCAUUUUGGAUCCUCCGUCCUCCACUGCUGCAAGGACUCUCACACUUGUUGCAAAGUCUCUUCAAAACUUGGCAAACCUGGUGGAAUUUGGAGCUAAGGAACCCUACAUGGAAGGUGUAAAUCCAUUCAUCAAAAACAACAAGCACCGAAUGAUUAUGUUCCUAGAUGAGUUGGGGAAUGUCCCAGAGGUUCCUGACACUACAGAGCACUUUAGAAUUGAUUUGUCUCGUAACCUGGCAGCUUUACAUGAAGUUUGUGCAGCACAUUCAGAUGAACUUCGCACCCUAAGUAAUGAACGGGGAGUCCAGCAGCAUGUCCUGAAAAAACUUCUGGCCAUCACAGAAAUGUUACAACAAAAGCAAAACCACUACUCUGCAGCAAACAGGUAGCAGCUUUCAUUCUCGGAGAACUCUGCAUGGAUCAGUGCAUACCAGUGCUAUCACUGGACAGCUCACUGCAAUCUCACUUUCUGAUGUACUUCUGAGAAAACACAGUGUAGAACAUUCCUUUUACCAUGCAAACUAUGCAACAGAAAAAAACUGGUGGAUGUUUUCAUCAGUAACUUAGUAAGCUACUUGUGCAGGUCACCUCUUGCACUUCCUUCUCUGAACCAAUCAAUCGCUGUUGAGCCUUGAUGUACAAGUCACCUUUCAUAAACCUAAUAGACCUUUAAGGUGUUUAAUAUUUCAAUUUGCCAAAGUUCCCAGCAUCUAUCAAGAGCUGCAGUACAGAAUGCCAGUCAACUGACAAGGUGAAGAAACUAGUUCAAUUACCUGUUGUGUAACUGGAUUAUGAGCUGUACAGUGUAAUAUAAUGUAAUUUCUGACUGACUACUUUUAUGGUUAAGAUUGCUUACAUCUUUAUUCUUUGGUUAUCUUUGCAGUUUAUUGGAAAUGUCUUUAAAUAUCAAGAUUCCUCACUAAAGACCGGUUAUUUUUUAUAGAAAAAAAAAUCUGCAACAAGCAUUCAUUACACAUUGACAAUGAAUGUGGAGAGAUCACAACAUUUGUUGUGGUACUAAUUUUGAUUGGUUUAAUUACACUGUACGAUUUGACUAAAACAAUGGGAAAAACGUCAAAGUUGUGUAAUCAAAAGCUUUGUAUGUAUCAGGUUUACGACUGUAAACACAUUCAAUAGUUGAAUAAAUUUAUUGAUCAUUUAUUGGAAAAGCAUGCACUUAUUAAACCAUUUUGUAAAGAAAAUUGUUACACUGACUUGUUUCAAUAAAUGAUAAGCAAGUGUUGAAUUGAAAUUUGUUCAAACGUCAUGAAAUACUUUUCAUUAACGUUGGACCAGAUGCAGUAACUAUAUUUCAUGAAGAAAAUCAAUAGAUGAGAAUGUAGUUUCAACUGUGUAGUUAGGUUUUUUUUAAAGCUUUCAUAUUUUAAUUGUGUAAAUGAGACUUCUGUUUCCAACAAAACUGAAUAAGUAGGCAGGUAGAUUUCCCUUGGCUCAAAGUAUAUGGUGGGAAAUGAUUUAUCUUUUGCUCUCCUUUUAGUGGUUUCCCAAAUUUCUCUCUACAUGUUUUCCCAUAUAUUAUUUUAUAUCCACCAAUGACUGUAGUCCAAAGGAGAAAAUGUGUUCUUCUUUGUCUCUUCCAUCAGAAGCUUACCCACACUUUACUAACAUUUAUUCUUCACCUCCUCACCAACUGUUCACAGGUACUUUCGUCCAUUAUAACUUCAACUUGUCAGUUUGCAUUCCUCAUUCCCUUGUUCUACUGCCACUUACCUCUAAAGGGGAGUUAACUAUGUACUAGAGGUUUCUGACUAUGUCUAUUUUUUAUUACUGUACAAGGAUUUUUAUGAAAAUUCUCCAAGAUUACAAUGACAUCUUGAUCAACUGGGCCAGUGACUUUAUUCUGACAAAUGUGUGAAGUUGCAAUUUCACAAGACAAUGGUAGGACUCAAACAAUAAAUGAUGGGGCCCUGGAGUGGGGGUGCUACAUGGUUUCUUGAAAAUGACAACACAGGUAAACAGAACACUGAAGGACACUUGCCUUCAAUGUACAAAUCAUUGGUAAGGCCACAUUUGAAGUACUGGUUCUGGUUACCCUGGUGUAGAGAAGAUGUUAAACUGAAAACAAAAAAAAACAAUCUGAAGAUGUGACUUGAGUUACUAAGAGGAACUAAAUAACCAAGGACAUUUUCUCUUGUGUCGAAGGUUGAGAGGUGAUCUUAGAGGUUUAUAAGAUCAGGAGCAGCGUUAAAAUGAGAGGGGAGAUUUUCUGCUAGUAGUAGAGGUGGCUGUAUAUUUUUGGGCUUUGUAUUUAUUGAGAUACAGCAUGGAAUACACCCUUCCAGCCAUGCAGUCCAGCAAUCCCCAAUUUAAUCCUAGUUUAAUCAUGGGUCAAUUUACAAUGACCAAUUAACCUACCAAUUAGUACAUGAUUGGCCAGAGGAAACCCAUGGGGAGAACAUAAAAGCUCUUUACAGGCAGAGACAAAUCCAGGGCAAUAGGUAGCCAUUGCAUAGCACUGUGUGCAUUUAUAUAGGAACACAAAGAUAAAUGAGAAAUGAGUAAUUAGUCAAUUUAUUUGUGGCAAGAUUUGAUUUGUAUACUUAGUCUGAAAAAUUUGUUUUGUGACAGGUUUCAUUUCUGCAGAGUGGCCAAAGGAAAUAGGAACUGCGGAUUAUAGCAGAAACCCUUAACCUGUGUAAACAGCACAUUUUCUGCCUGCCCCACGCUUUCACUGUAUAUUUGCUUCAGUUGGAUUUAAAGAAUUCAGGCACAGGCCACUGUGGUAAACUGCAUGUUAUAAUGCAGGUAAUUAGCAACAAGACAUAUUGAAUAAAUUCUAUUAAACGCACAGUAGCCAGAACAAGUUUUUGCUAUUUCAAAUCACUAUUUUUUCCUUAAUAUGAAAUAUCAGCUUUCAGUGAGCAGAGAUUAUUUUAGACAAAGCCUCUUUCUUUCUUCUGCUGAAUUAAGCAAAAUGGCUGCAAUAGAAUAAGGUGGGUGGUGGGGUUGGGGAAGGGAGUGUGAAGCUAUAUACUCUGCCAUCUGGAUAUUCAGAAACACAGAUGGUUUGGCACUUCCAAGUCAUUCCACAUACCAAAGUGCUAGUCCUCACACUUUAAACUUGAUUCAUUAAGAUGUUUCACAAGAUAAUGAAUUUUUCAAACAAAAACUUGAAUUGUGGCAUGGUACCAUACCAUAGCUCUAUAGAGCCAGCUGUAAGAUUGGGGGUUUGAUUCCCACCACUGUCUGUAAUGACUUUAUACACUCUACCCAUAAAUGUGUUUGUUUCCUCAAGUUUAUCUGGUUUCCUUCCACAUUGCAAUGACACACACGUUAGUAAGUUGUGGGCAUGCUAUGUUGGCAUCAGAACCAUAGCAGUAAUUUUGGGCUGCACACAGCACAUUUUUGACACAUUUCACUGGAUUAUUAAAAGGGGAAUAACAUCCAAAGUUCUAGAAAAUUUACCAGUUCAGUACAAGUCCU